AAAAUGAAUAAAAAUAAAAGAGGAUAGUUCACAAAAAAUUAAAUUAUUUCUUGUUUAUUUUAAUAAAGCUUCAAAGAAAAUGCUUAGAGCACAGUUCAUGGAGAAUGAUGUUCUAGGCCCCCACUGGGUCGUCACUGUUUACAUUAUGUGUAAUAAUUGAAUGUAACGCAACAGAUCCUUUUGUCUCUCUUGUCUCCAAAGAACAAUGUACACUAAGCCGUUCAUGAAUAUAUGUCGUAAAAUAAUUAUUGUCUACCUGUUGUACACUUAUAUUUGAUACAUUUUGUAUGAUUUUGUACAGUUAUUGUUCUCAUUUAUUAUAUUAAGUGAUUGAAGAAUAACACUCUAGGAAUGGUAAUAUUAACAGAAAAUUACUGAUCCACAGAAAAAUAUAGCAAAUAUAAUUUCCAAGGAAAAAAUAAGACCAAUUUAUGAAUAACUAAAACAACUUAUUUGAUCACCCUCAUGAAAUUUAGAGAUAAAAUUAAUCAUAAAUUGCUUUAAAUAUAUAUUCUUAUUUUUAGUUUCUCCCUAUUUUACUCUUCUAUUUGAUUCAUGUAAUUCCAGGUUUCUCGAUCCGUUAUCCUUGAUUUUCCAUAAUCCCAUUCCCAAUUUUUCCAAACGUCACGUGACCAUCUGUGCGUAGCGUUGCGUGACGAGAAGCGUUUCAUACCCUUCGAGGACGCCCUUCAUUGCAAUAAUAGAGUUUUCUUGACGGAUCACUGAAGCACAAAAUGAUGAAGCUGUCAUUUCCACGACUCCAUGUCGAUACUUCGGCCACUAAAGUCCUUAUCGAUUGGUACUGUCAACGACUGGGAAUGAAUGUUCUGAAAACAAUGCACAACGAUACAGAGCUAAUACAUUGGCUCGGUUAUGAAAAUAUGCCGAGCUCUUCAUUUGUAGAGUUUCGGUCUGACAUACACCAAGCUAAUCCGCCCAAGUCUUACCUACAUCAGCCAUCCUCGGACGUUUACUGGAAAAUAGGAUUGUCUUUGAUCGAUGUGGACACCGCUCGUUCACAGCUUGUGAGGCAAGGUGUAGAUGUUACUUCACCGAAGCAGUUCCGUGACAUUGGUUACAUGUGUCACUUGAAGGAUCCAUUUGGUUACUCCAUAGAAUUAUUACAGCACGAUUUCCAGUCCAACUUCCGCUCGGAGCGAAUACAAAGCUCACUACAACCAAACCUGGCACUUGGUCAGCAAACACAUCUGGGGCAAAUCACUCUUCGGGUCUCGAACAUUGAAAAAUCCCUCAGGUUUUACCAGUCUGCACUGGGUAUGAAGCUUCUUUCACGACAGACCAUUCCAGACAUGUUUGACCUAUACUUUUUGGCUUGUACAGACGAGAAGCCACCUUCAGUUGACUUGAAUGCGGUGGAAAUUCGGGAGUGGCUCUGGAGAAGACCGUACACAACACUUGAGCUGCAACAUUGGCCGCAGGAAGAUCGUAAAUACACCUCUGCAGAUUUGGACCAAGAAAGCGGAUUUAGCGCGCUUGCGUUCACAGUCGAUGCAAAACGUUUUGAAGGGCUAAAAAUAAACCUUAAUGUGCAAGACGUAAGCCAAAAAUACCCGGAAUACGGCACCCGUGUACUGCAAUGCAAGGAUCCUGAUGAAACAAGCGUCCUGUUCAUUCAAAAAUGACACAUUCUUGAAGAACAUCAAGUGUUAAUAUUUUUAAGUCUGGAGUGAAUAAUUACUAGUCUGUGUGUUUCUCCAUUAACAAUUUGUUUAUACACAAGUACGUAUAUAUUUUUUGGGAUGCAUAAUGUAAAUUUAGUUAUCAGGUGAAGUCUUGACUAUUUUACAGGUCAUCCUCGUGGCUUUUUUCUUGUGUUCUCUAAGAUAAUAUGACUUCAGGCGCAGUGUUUAUUCAAGGCGGGUUUUCAAGUUUACGUGAGAGGAAAAAAUAUGUGUUAUGUGUAAAAGGAAUAAAAGAUAAUGAAUCUGAA